AUGAAUAGUAGCUCAAGUUUGCUAACUCAACAAAUUCUCGAUUAUUUGAAUUAUUACACUACAUACAGACCAAUUAACAAUGAUCUCAAAACACUUUCCAAAGAAUUCAUUCAAUAGUACUCGAAUAAUAAAUAAAUGCUCCUAACUAAACUUAAUUUAAGUACGAUUAAGCAGUUAGAUUUAUCAACCAAGAUUGAUUAGUCUUAAUAAAAGAUACUUACAUAUCAUACUUAAUUCACAUAAUUAUAAUAGUCAGAAGAAUAGAUCAUUUAAUAAAUUGACAAUAAACAAUAUGAAUUAAUUUAGUUGGAGAAAAGAUAAUCAUUAAAUAAACCUCAUACUAAAUAGUAGAAAUUAAUAGAAUUAGCAGAAGGUCUUGAAAUAUGUGAAAACACAUUGGAAACAGUGAAAUCAGAAUUUAAUGAAAACCAUAAAAUUAUCGAUUGGGAAUCUUCUCUCAAUUAAUAAUUAAAAUAAACAUAUGAGAAAGUAAUACUUAUCAUAUUAUUAUUAAGUUGCAAAAAUAAAAUGAAUAAAAUAUACUCAACAUCAAUUAACUCAAUUAAUCAAUGUAAAACAAUACAAAGAAAAUAAUUAAGCUUUUGUAAUUGAUACAUGAUUUAAGAUAGAUGAUAGUUUAAUCGAAAUCUUAGAAUCAAUCAAAUCAAUCCCCUAUCUAAGUUGAUGAUAUUAGUAAUUCUACAUUAAUAUUUAUUCUAGAAUUAAUAAAGUCUAUCAUUGAAAAAAUUGAAAAUACAAAACUUUAAGGUAAAGAAUAAUAAGAACAUGAAAUUCUUAAUGCAAUAUCAUAAAUGAUACAUCUAAGAGAACAAUCUAACACAAUCAAAAUUAAUUUACCUCUUAAAUUAGAAUAAAGUGAUGAUUUAGUAACUUGUGAUCGCACAUUUAGUACUCCAAGAUUUUAAAGUAGUGUAAGAUUCAAGGCUAAUGAUAUAUUACCAUAAGCUAGAAUUAGAACAGAAGCUGAUGAUAAAUUAGAUUAUGCAUGUGAAAAAAGAAUUGCUACAGAUUGUGGAUUUUAUGAAGAAGAAGAAUAAAGUAGUGAUGAUGAUAUUCAUGUUUUAAAGGUUCCUUUUUAAUCUAAGAAAAGUUUAAAUUGUGAGAGAACUAAAAAGAAAAAGUAAAGUUAUAUAUCAGUAGCAUCAUUUUCAUCUUAAAAUUCUAGCAAUUAAAAAUAUAUCAAUUUAUAAGAUGAAUUGAAUUAUUUAGGUGAAAUUAAUGAAUAUUAUUGCACUAGAAAAAUUAUUGAUGAUUAAAUGAUUGUUGCACCUUGUCAAACACCAUUAGAAUAAUCAAUAGAAAUUAUCAAUUCUAAAUAAUUAAUUGAUUAAGAUUUAAAAACUAAACCAUAAUCAUCAUUUAUUAAAAAGAUUUUUGGAGUCGGUCUAGGAAUUGGAUUGAGCUAUGCUUGUUAUAGAUUCUUUAAAAAAUGA